AUGGAUUCGUCCUCAGCUGGCACGAGUGGCCUUGUGACCGCUGGGGCAGCCAGCUCGUUGGCUGGCGCUAAAAAGCGGACAAAGGUGGUGUUUCUCAAUCCAGUUGAAAUUACAAAUUGGGAUCAAAUUAAAGAAAAUUCGAAGCAAAAUGUAAUUGGUGAAAAUGAUUUAAUUAAUUAUGAGAAAAUGCUUAAAGAUGAUGAUGCUGCCUUGGUAGCCAACAGCAGUUCCAAUGAUCAGAAGCGUCAGGGUAAAAAACGUGGACGUCCCAAAGGCAGCAGGAAUGGUGCUCGUAAGCGUCCAGUGGAUCCAAGCCAACCAUGGCUUGAAUCAAGUGAUUCAGAUGGACCUCAUUUGGGUCUUGAGGAUGAAUUAGAUGACGAUGAAUAUUUCAGAAGGUUAGAGGAAGAAAAGAUGCGUGAAGAUGCUGAGGAAGAGUCUAGAAAGCGAAGGGAAAUGGAAGCACGGGCUGCUGCACGUGCUAAUGCUCAAGGCAGAAGAGGCAGCAUAAAGAAUGAUGCUUUCAUGAUGCAUCAAUACCAAACAUCUGCUUCAAACAGUUCAAAUAUUAACCAACGUGAAUCGAGUACUCGAAGCAAAAGACGAGGAGGUUAUGCAGCUUUAGCUGGACUUAUUGAUCCUAGUGACAGUAGUGAAGAUAUCAGUGAACUAGAUGACAAGUCUACUCGAAGUGGUUAUCAAAAAUCACUAGAUGAUAUUCAUGAACAGAAUGAAGAUGAGUUACAGGAACCAGCCUCGCCUUUUCGACAAUCUGUUUUAGAUAUGCUCCCACCACCACCUUCUCCGGGUAUCUCGUCAAAUUCUGAAGAGGUGAAUUCAGUUGUCAAGUCUGAACCUUCAGACAAUGUCAGUAUUGUUGUUGAUUCAAAUGCAGCCAUUGCGGCGAACACAACAGUUACAAGUUCUUCCUUCCUUAAUGAUGCACAUACACUGAAAAUGCUUGAAAUGGAUCCUAUUGAACUUAGGUUCCGAGCACCUCCACUUAGCCUGCCUCCAUCAGGAAAUGAUCUUGUAUGCCCACGGGAAUAUCUUCUUGAUGCUUUAUCUAUAUAUGAGGUGCUUCGACGUUAUGGAUCUCUACUACGUCUGUCACCGUUCCGACUGGAAGACUUUUUAGCUUGCCUUAUAUCAGAUGAGAAUUCUAAUUUACUUGCUGAAACACAUAUGGUGUUACUGAAAGCUCUUCUACGUGAAGAUGAAUCGAAUGGAACAUCAAUGUGUCCUAUGGAUUGUAAAGAUUCAGUCAAUAUGACUUUCUAUCUAUUAGACAGAUUCAAUUGGCCUUAUUUACUAGCUAAUUAUCUAUCGAGUAUUAAAUCAACAGAGGCUGCAGCUCGUAUGUCUGCGAUAAAUACAAUGACAGGUGCUGGAAAUGUUGGUGGACCAACUAGUUCAGGUGGAGCGGAUGCAGUACUUUCUGCAGCACUCUUUCCUGAUGAUCUCAUCCCACUGAAUUCGGAUUAUCCUUUUGUUCCAAUUCAAUCGCGUAUAGCUGUUCUUCGUGGUCUUACCAACUUAUUUUUGGCAACUGGUCAAGUUCGGGGAGAUAUUCUGCGUGAGGGUUUAAUGGCACAUGAAGAUUACUGCCGUGUUUGUCAUCAAAGUGGAGAAGUGUUGUGUUGUGACGGGUGUACUGCUGUAUUUCAUCUGCAUUGUUUAAAUCCUCCUUUAUCGUCAGUACCGACAUCCAGUUGGAUAUGUCCAGUUUGCGUUAAACAAAAGACACCAGGUGUAACAGAUUGUUUAUCUGAAGCUGAAAAAUCUGGUGUAGCACAUUAUCAAGAACCAAUUGGUAAAGAUAGAGCUGGUCGGUUAUAUUGGUAUAUUAGUCGACGAUUAAUUAUUGAACCAGUUGACUUUAGUCAACGUGAACCAGAAUUAAUGGGAUUUCAUGACGGUGUUAUAGAUAAAGUAUGGGAAGCAGAAUGUGGUUGUGAGUUAAUCGAAAAAGAUCAAGAAAUGGAAGAUAGUGAUGCAGAUAUUGAUACUAAUAAUGUUGUUGAAAAUAGCGGCGCUGUUGAUGCUGUGAAAAUGGAAAAUACUCCCGGCUCCAAUAAUAGUAAUAAUAAUAAUAAUGAAGGCAUCAACUCACCUUCCAAGUCAUCAAAUUGUGACAGUCAAUCAGUGCGGGUAAAACAAAAUGAUAAAAAGAGCCGAAGAACACUUCAAUGUAAUCCAUCUAUUUCAUAUGCUAAUGAACCAUGCGUUUAUUAUUAUUCUUCAAUUGAACAAGUUAUGCGUAUACGUGAACUGUUAUCAACAGAUUGGGAACCAUGGUUAUGUCAUCGAUUAGACAUGUUACUGCCUAGAAUGAAAUCUGAAAUGGGAAUUACUCAAAAAUUAACUGAAAAUGGUUUACAACAAUUUUGUCGUUUACGACCAAAUCAUAAAUCGCUGUCUGUCAGUGAUCCAAAUUAUCAAAGAUAUGCAAAUCUGUUGAUGAAUUCGAUAAAUAAUAAUAAUACAGUGUGUGUUUAUUCUGUGCUGGAGGUUGAACAAGCUUCAUGUAAAAAGAUUGACUCUGGUGAAACAAAUGAACAUUCAACAAAGAAAUUAGCUAUAGCAGCUUCUAGUCUCCCAUCGAUUGAUAAGCCCAUCUUCCCACCACUACCAAAUGAUUUGCCAUCAUUUCUGGAAAAGUAUACUGAAGACUAUUCACCAGUAAUUCUACUUACAGAUCAAAACAAUUGCAUUGUACGUAAUCAUGAUCAAGUGAUUAGUCGGAUAACCAAAGAGGAUAAUUCUAAUGAUGUUGCAGUCUAUCCACCGACAAUCUUAGAACCACAAGAUUUAUCCACAUUACAUAUGCCAAUUGAUUGGAAUUCAUCAUCCAGUCCAACGCCUUCGAAUGAAUGUUGUCUACUAGCCUAUCGUCUGUCAGAUGAAGGGAGUUGGCGUUCAUGGACAAAUUUGUAUACUUCAGGUCAUGCAGAUGAUACUGAUGAUAGUAUACAUGAUUUGAAAAGAACACCAAGCGGUACAAGGAAUACAAAUCCACAGAAUCCAUCGGCGGCGGCGGCGGCGAAGAAACCUACCACUAAUGAUGAAGUAGAUCCAGACGACACGAUAUUGGAUAGUGUUAAUGUUGCAUUGACACGUGCUCAACACCUAGAAGAGAAAGAGAAACGACGUUUACUGGCGAAUAAAUUUAAUUUUAGUGAUUAUUGUUCAGAUUUAUGGCAAUAUAUUGAUCCUGUUACACUAGCAUCUACCUAUAAGGGAAUAUUACGGUCUAUGAUGAAUGAUAAUAUGAUUGAAUUGCCUAAAUCACCUAAAGGAGCAGCAACAACCGCAGCAGCCGUGUUUGAACGUAUUCGAUUCGAUUGUUGGCCAGCUAGUCCAUAUCAACUGUUGGAUUUGUUGCGUUUAACACUGUGUUAUAUGGAAUCAAUGAUCCCUCUAGCAUUCUUCACACCCGCUUGGCGAGCUCAUCGUACCGAUUGGAUUAAAGAUGUACUAGAUUGUAAAUCACCAUCCGAUUUAGCAUUUGUACUGGCUAGAUUGGAAGCGUCAAUUCGUUCUGUAUGCUUCCAACGUGUAUGGUUCAGUUCACUGGGUCACCUCAAUCUGGAACGAUUCACAGCUGCUCAAAGGGAAGAAGACAAGCGAAUAAGACAAUUUGAUCGCUUGACUUCUACAGGUGGUGCUGGGAAUGCGGCCAGUUUACCAGCAAAUCUUAUACGUACAAAAACUCCUCGUCCAAUUAGACAUACAGUCUGGAAGACACGAGGUGAAGAAUAUCGUCGUUUAGGUGGAGAUGGUUGGAUGUGGAUAAGUUCAACACGUGGUAAUGCUGCCCGGAUAGCUCAACGUGCCUUUAAAACUCUUCCGCCAAUAUCUUAUUGGCGUGAUAAUGCUGCGGUAACAAGGAAUCGUCGUACUAAUCCUCGUGGCCUUCAACACGGUAUUGGAUGGGGUGUUUGUCCGGAAUAUCUAGAAGGUCAAAUACCUGUGAAACCGCCUAAAGCAAGUGAAUGUCGUGGCCAUGUAUUACAUCCAAUCACAGGCAUCCCAUUAUAUUUAAAUCCUAAGCGUACAUCGUACACUAUUCCACCAGAUGAAUUAAUAAAAUUAAAUGAACAAAUAGAAAGACAAGAAGCAGAAGAAGAAGCAAAAGCAAAAGCAGAAUCCUUGAAAAAUUCAAUAAAAUUACAAGAUACUACUGAAAUAAGUAAAGAAGAAGAAAAAGAAAAAAAAGAAGAUGGUGUACCCGUGGACAACGAUGGCAAUCAUAUGGAGAAGAAAGACGAUGAACCAAUGGAUUCAGAGGUUAAAGCAGUUCCUGAUGAAGUCAAAGUAUUGCCGAAUGUUGUAAAAGCAGAAGCAGGAGAAGAAGGGGAUAACAGUACCGAUUCAGAUAAUCAAAUGUCUAAGAAAAGCACCAAUACCAAUGAUAAGAAGAAACCGAUAUUAAAUGUAUCUUAUUGUAUAUCGCAUCGAAUUCAUUUUCCACCUGCUUUACAAAGACCUUCAGUCCCACCGACUUAUAAAUCAUCAUCAUUAUCAUCAUCUAGACGACUUAACUUCCACUUGGAUAGUCUACUUCAACGUCGAUAUACAGCUGCUGAAAAUGAUAAAAAAGCCGGUUUACUUGCUUCCAAUGCUGUGAUUAAAUUACAAAAAGAAAUUGAAGAAUUAGAAAAACGUCACAGUGAAGUACUCGAACGUCUCAGCAGUCUAGGCACUGAAGCUCAACAAGCACGUACAGCUAAAGCUCAAGCAGUGAAAGCAAAACAGAAUGCGCUAUUAUUGGUGAAACCACUCCCUAUAGAUCAUAUGGGAAAUAAUCGUUUGAUUCAGACUGCUACUGCUGCCGCUGCUGUCGAUACUACUGCUGCAGGUUAUCCUACUACUACUGCUACUGCUACUACUAAUAUCGGUAAACCACAAUUAAUUCAACAAUCGAUUGUAACAGAUCAAGGUGUUCGUUAUCGAGUACUUGCUCCAAGAAAUAUACCCAAUAUGCAAAUGAAUCAAAUGUCGUAUAAUCCAAUGCUGCAUAAUAGUAGAACACCAGCUGCGUAUAUGACGACGCCUAAUCGAUCAUUUAAUCAUAACAUCAACAGCAACACCAACAACACCAACAGCAGCAAUAAUAACAAUAGUCGUUCGGCUAGAAGACCACGUGCAAGACGGGAAACUGACUCUAGUCUAUCUGAAACAGAUUCCGAUUCAUUUACUCCUCCAACCACCCAACGAAUUGAUAGAUCAGGUAGAGAAAGCUUACCAGUUAGACGUAGUGCUAGAAAAGUGAAAGCUGUACGUCAUGAUCCUGAUUUUGUUGUUGAUUUCGAUGAAGAUGACGAUGAUGAUGAGCCUGAUCGAACAAAAGCAAGUGGCGAUGAUGAUUCCGAUAGUUUUACUCCAAGUGAAGAACUACUACACAACAACAAAUCGGCUAGUGCUAGAAAACGUUCUCGUGUACCGAUUCAUCAUCAUUUGAAUAGUAGUAAAUCAUCAAAUCGAGGAGGGAUUAUUAUGCCACAGUAUGAUGGAGCUGGUGAUAUCUCUGGUGGUGAUGGUGAUGACAUCGGCUAUGAUGAUGAUGAAGAUGAAGAGGAGGAGGAUCGCGAUGACGAUGAAGAUGCGGAUCACGAUCAUGAUCGAAAUAAUCAUCUUGAUGAUGAUCUUGAUGAUUAUGGCGGUGAUGUCGACGAUGAUGAAGAUGAAGGUGCUGAAGGUGUUUAUGAUCCUAAUGAAUUAGAAGAGGAUGAAAUCGUUGAAGAUUUUGGCGAUGAUGAUGAAGUCGUUGAUUAUGUUGAUGACGAUGAACUUUUAGAUGUAGAUGAAGAUGAAAUUCUUGAUGAAGACGAAAAUGACGAAGAAGGCGAAGAAGAAGAAGAGUAUGACGAUGAUCCAGGAGAAGAUGAUGAUGUUGAAGAUGUUGGAAAAUUCCCUCCGAUGACUUCUGGCAAACGUAUUCGUUUAACGUCACAAGUUGUAAAAAAACUUCCCAAGGUAUCAUCAUCAUCAUCGUCAACAACAACAGCAACAACAACUUUACCGUAUACUGUACAGGCAUUAAAUCCUGAUGGUACUCUGGCAGCACCAAAAGUUGUUAUAUUAAAGAAUAACCAAAUCUCCAUAUCGGAUAUUCCCGGAAGUAAACCACCACAGAUAUUAUCUAUACCAUCUGGUGGUAUUGGUGGUGGUGGUGGUGGCGGCGGCGGUCAACGAAUUAUCUUACCAGCUAAAGUGAAUGGUCCAAAUAAAAUAGAAGAUACAUCACUGUCAUCUGCUAAAGUGAUUACUACUGAUGCGGCUAUACAGAAAAGUGAAAUAAAAGAAGCUGGUCAACUUAUAAAUCCAACUAAUCAGCAACAAUUGGGCAAUAUUCCACAAGGUUUAAGAUUAGUCAAAAUUGUUCGUAAUGCUGAUGGAGGCACCAGCAUAAUUCCAGUCUCGGCUAUUACUACUCCUUCUACAGAUGGAAUCCAGACCAACACUGAAAUCAAUACGGAUAAUAAUAAUAGAACUAUAGAAAAUGAGAAUACGACAACUUCAAUAAUGGAGAAUAAGCCCACAAAUAAAUUGGAUCCUGCAGAUAGCAGUAGUAGUAAUAGUAUUCGUCUUGUAUUAAGCUCAAGUAAUGGUCUGACUUCUUUUAAUCUACCGAAAUCAUCGCUAAUGCCUACGACGUCUGAGUCUAACGAAGCUAAGUCCACUAUUAUGCAAGGCUCUUUACCACCAACCUCUGUCGAAAGCGAUAAGUUGAUAACAGGUGUACAACCGAUUACAAUUUCUACAUCAAACAUUUCACAAGGUGGAUUUAUUCUUACAGAAGGGAUGCCUUCUACUGCUAUUACUGCUACUACAACACCCUCUUCAUUACAACAAGCACCAGCUAAUGUAACUAUCACUUCUGAUGGAAAGUUGAAAAUGUCAACUGGUAAUACUGUUCGUUUUGUUAUAGCACCGGCGCCUAAUUCAUCAUUUGGUGGUGGUACAAAUGCGAAUCAGAUGGCUACAAUAACGGUAGUUAAAGCUCCAAAUCAAUCAGAUAUAUCUUCAGAUUCGGGUGCAGCAAUUACUACAACAACAACAACUCCUGCCUCUAAUACAACUACUUCUACGCCUAGUACACCUUCAUCUUUACCUCUAAUACUUCCGCGUAGAUCACCAGCUAUCCUUCGACGUACUCUAGCUGCUGGUCCAACUAAUAGUCCUUUGUCAUCUGUGAAUACAUCCAAUAGUAGUGUUACUGAUCCAAUUGUUUCACAACCUCUACCAAAUCGUACACCUUCAUUUGCAAGUCUUAUUGCCGCGAAUACAGCUCGUCAACUUGUUUGUGGUGGUUAUAAUCGAUUAACGUCAACAGCAGCAGCAACAACAACAACAGCCAUUCGUUCUGUCAUAUCAAAUUCUUCAACCCCAACCCCUACUCUUACUACUAUGGAUAUGCAUCAAGGUAGGCGGUCAAUGUCUAAAGUUCAACAGAUGCGUAAUACCCUGAUGGAUGAGGAUACACGGCUUGUAACAAACGAUUCAAAAAUUUUAAUUAGUGAAUAUCAAGGUGGAGCUGUUCGAGGCGCUCUAAGUGGACUUAAACAAAUUGGUCCAACAGUUAAAAUACACACUCCAAUGGUUGAUGAGGCAACAUUGGCCUUGGAUCGUGAAGUCACUGAGGCUAGUGCUAAAUUGGAUUCAAUUAAUGCACAGAUUGCAACAGUUCGUGCUGAGGCACAAGAAUUGGAGGCGCAGAUUAAAUCGCUUAAAUCCGAAUUAGCUAAAUAUCAAGAGAUUGUUAAUCGUUGUUCACCAACAGUCAGUGCACCAUAUUCUCUUUCACUGCAUAGUAUUACUGAAUUCGAUUUAAAUAGUAAAUCAUUUGUGAAUAAAUUUUUACGCAAUACUAAAAAGACAUCCGUUGGUACUACUACUACUACUACUACUGCUUCUAUGAAAACUGAAGAUACUGAUUCCCAUAUGACUGUUCUACCACAAUUUUUGCCAUUUGUCAAUUGUUAUUCAUGGCCAUCAAAUUUUCCUGUGGUCAGGCAAUCUUCCCGCUUGGAUAACGGCGAACAGCAGCGAAAUAGAAUUCCUUUGAGAUCAAGUCUAUUCCGUUGGAAUCCAAGGAAUUUACGUUCUGUAAUAUUGGCUGCUGGUCGACGUGAAAUUCCAGGCUAUGAUGUUGAAAAGAAACGAUUAUCACAGGUUAACUGGCUUUAUCCAAGUUCCAGACCGAAUUUCGCAGAAUCCUGGCGUUUCCGGCUAAGUCAAAUACGUACUGGAUGUUCUGGUGUUACCGGCGGUGCUUGUGGUGCGGCUGGUGAAAAGGGUGAUAAUAUUUCCUUUGGGUUAGAUUUGGCUAAUUUCGCACUGCUUCUACGUACCCUAUGGCAUUGUAUUCGAUGGGAUGAUAUAUUAGCCGACCCACCAGACGAUGCACAUGUACUUGAUUCAUCUGGUCAACCGUGUUUCAAAAAGACAUUGGACACAUAUGCUGAUGAUGAUGGGGAGGAUGUGAAUGACGAGGAUGAUGGUGUUGGAUGUUCAGGAGGUGGUGCUGGUGGCACUGGCGGCGGCGGGGGUGGUGGUGGCUUUUCAGGGAGACAAAAUGUUGUACCGUAUUCAGUGAGACGUAUUGUUGAAAUUCAACCUCUGGAUCGAUAUUGGUUACAAGCGAAUUAUAAAGUUCGCAUAACAACUACUCGUCCAAAUCGUUAUUCUGGACGUGGAAAAAAAUCCACCGGAAAUACUGAUCAUUCCACCAACGUAAAAGGUGGUAGAUCAGCGAGAUAUUCUGUUUCACCGGAUGCUGAUGAAUCCUCAACAUCUAAUAAUAAUAAGCGAAGAGGAAGACGUGCUGGUCAAAAAUAUUCUAAAGCUGGUAAAGAUCCAGAUUAUGAUCCAGCAGUGGAUGAAGGUUGGCGUGUUGGUAUUCCGUGUUCAUCAUCUAGUCGUCGACAACAAUCACGUCAGAAUGGUGGCAAUGGUCGUUCAUAUGGUCGUUCCAAUCGUGGUGGUUCAUAUUAUGAUUCAGAAGAUGAUGGAGGAGAAGAAGGAGAAUACGGAGGGAAUCGACGCGGUGUAGCAUCACAACGUCAUGAAGUAUCAGUGGAAGAGAAAUGGAUGUCUGAAGAUGCUGUUUUUCCUUGGGAAAUACGCGUUUUUAUGAACACUUUACUACCCCCGAAAUCUGCUUAUCCCCCAGUGAGAAAUAAUAAUGAUAGAUGA